UAUCCAUUUUGUUUUGUUUUUUUUUUCUGCUUUGAGGCCAUUUGGAUUUCGAUGAAGCCUUCGAUCCUGGUUGGAACUCCUUGUCGGCUCCCCCUUCUCCCGAGCCGUCGGAGAUUCUUGGCCAACCCCGAAAUUGUGGACAGACUCCCGUUUACCUCCAUUGUUUCCGCCUCUCGUUGCAUCGUCCCUGUCUUGCUUGCCGGCCUCAGAGCGGUAGCCGUCUCUGCUGAAGAUGCUGUUGGCUUAGGAGGAGGAGGGGAAGGAGGACGAGGAGAAGGAGGUGGUGGAGAUUUCCAAGAGUGCGAAUUUGUUAAAGUCGGGUACAUAAGUAGCAUACAUGGGAUCAAAGGCGAGGUGCGAGUGACGCCGUUGACGGACUUCCCGGAAAUUAGGUUUUGCACGCCUGGAAUACGAUGGUUAAAGACCCGCGUCUCAGGGAAGGAGUUAAUAUCGCAAGUGCAACUUACUGGUGGGAGAGGUCAUUCUGGUCAGAAGAGCUGGAUUGUUAGUUUUAGUGGGAUUGACACAAUGGACAAAGCUAAACAAAUUGUUGGCUCAACUUUGCUUGUAAGAGAAUCAGACAGACCGGACCUGGAAGAAGGCGAGUUUUAUACUCGUGAUCUUGUUGGGAUGCGAGUUGCUCUUAAGGAAUCAAGAACUCUUGUGGGUAUGGUGACUAAGGUUGUCAAUUAUGGUGCUAGUGAUCUUCUUCAUGUCAUGCUUGCAACUGAAGAUAGCCAAGAUUGGGGUAAUUUAUCUGAAGAACCAGAUUUGAAUUCCCAUGUUCAACAUGUAUGGGUUCCAUUUGUGGAAGCAAUAGUUCCUGAUGUUGACAUGGAUAAGAGAGAAAUGCUGAUAACUCCACCAAAAGGUCUUUUGGAGCUGAAUUUGCGUCCAGAUACAAGACCAAAAAAAGAAAGACGACAGCUGGAAUGGAAAGAAAGAAAGAAGUUAGAGCGACAUCUUGCUGUAGCUAAAAGAAAGCUAGCUGAAAUAGGUCAGACGCAUGUACUAGAAGGACUGAGAAUUGGAGAGAAGGCUCAAAAGAAUUUGCUUGCUAGACAGAUUAUAAACAUUGACUUUAAAAUGCUCCAGCAUGCUAUUCAAAGUAUCAACAAUCCAUCUAAGAGCUUUCAAGAGUUUGGAAGUGUUAACUCAGCUACUUCUCUUAAGAGUCCAAUCAGGGUAUCUCUAGAGUACCUCAUGAAUUGUGCAAGUGAAGAGAAGGAAGAUUCAAACUAUAUAUUCCAAAAAGAGGGUCUGCAACUACUCUCAAAAUCUAAAACUGCUAUUGUUUUUAUUGUAAGUGAAGAGGGAAACAAUAGAGAAGCUAUUGAGACAAAUGGAGUUUCUAAAUCUUCUCUUAGCAAGUUUGAGAAUGUGCUUCUUGGAUGCAGUAAGUUUUGGAAGGUAGAAGAAGAUAAGACUGCUCCUCUCAUUGUGGUUUCUCCAGCUCAUUUAAUCAAUUCCUAUGAAAAAUGUCUACAGGACAAUAACUAUUUUGGCAUGAACAGUGAGAAGGUUUGGUUCUUAGAAGAAGUACAAUUACCAAUUGUAAGCAUGCCUGUAGAUCAAAAUGGCAGCAAGAUUCUCCUGAAGUCUUUAUGGGAACUACUAGAAGCACCCAUUGGUUCUGGAGGAUUUUUCAGAUUAUUGUUAUCAAACAAUAUACUGGCUCAGCUGUGUGAAAUAGGUGUUGAAUUUGUCGAGGUCUGCAGUUUGAAUGAUAGGGCAACAGGUGGACAUCCCUUAUUCUUUGGGUUAGUCAGUUCCCUUAGAGCAGAUGUAGGGAUCAAAGUGGUUGAGAACAGCAGAGGGGAGGAGGAAUUCGACAUUAUAUUUUCCAUGAGGCUUUUGAACAGAAUAGCCGGACGAGUAGAUAAACUCCAGUUUCUUGCAAGUCCAGAGCAGCAUGUGCAUUUUAACCAGGACAGAAAUGAGUUGGCCACAAGGUAUCCGGAUGCACCUAAUUCCUACAGGUUCCGAUGCUCGAUAUACGACUCCUUGAACAAUUGCUCAGAGGAUGAGAUAUGUGUCAUGGAGAUCUUUGAAUAAAUCUGUGAACAAGGUCGGAGUGAUCAUGCUUACGGAGACUGAAGCUCCUUGGUUUUGGGGCAAAACAAUGUAGUUUUAAAUACAAUGGAUGAGUUCUUAGGAGCACUAAAGCUACAUUGGUGGUAAUAAUCUGUCUCUUCACCUCUUUAUUUGAAUUAAUUAGAAAUAUGGUAGUUUUAUUUCACA